CAGUAUUUGCGUCGUAAUUAAGCAGCAUUUUAUAAGAUUGUGACGAAAUUUCAACAUAUACAUGAUGUAUUUUGUAAUCUUUAAUUGUGAAAGACUGAACAUAUUCUAAUUGUGACUUGGAGAUUAACUCAUAAAGGGAUUGUUUAAACCAGAUCUUUCGAAAUUAGGCCAAAACAUUGUUUGUGAUCAGUAACCAUGACGAUGUUAGUCUUAAUAGUGUUUACCUGCACAAACGACUUUAAUUAAAGUAAAGACCUACUGGUGUAUAUAGUUGAUCGAGUUGUAACGCGAUCGGAUCGUAUUAAUUGUUGUUCAUUCAAAACUCUGUGGCUAUAUAUAUACAUAUAUUGAGGUCUAUAGCGUUCUACAAACAAUUUCCAAUAUGACGAGUGUAUGUAUACCAAGUUAUAAUUGGACAUGUCUUGGAAUGGGAGCUGGCUAUGCUGUAAGCGGCAUUGUAUUGAUCAUCCUUCAUUAUACAUGCAGCAGACCCUGUGGAUUGUCAUGGGGAAUAGAUUUCAAUUUAGGUGCAGGUGUUUUAACAUGUUUAAUAACUGGAAUAAUACAGAUUUUAUUUCUUACUUGUGUCAUGGAAGAUAAAAAUACAGAUGAUAUUGGGUAUGGAUUUUCUAUAGCUGUUGUUGCAAUUGGAUUUAUUAUGGUAAUAGCCAAUAGUUAUGUCUUAUUUGUAAGGGGAAAAGAACGGAAAACAUGUACACAAUGCCCUGGUAAGAAGCUGUCAGCAGCCUGCUGAAACACCUAUUAUUUAACCUAAAACGUAGGUUUCACUGCAGUUUACCAAUUGAAUAAAUGAAGCUACUAAUACAGAACCCAACAUUUCAAUACAUCUGAUUGUCAAUUGUAUAUAAUGCAUAUUUGUGUAUUUUAAUACCCCCUUCCUCAACUACAGUUUAAACUAUCAACAUCUUAGUUGCCUGCUUGAAUUUAUUUCUAUAGAUUAUAGAACAACUAAAACUAACAACAAAAUAACAUGACAAAUAUCAUUUUAUAGUGAUUUGAUUAUAUCCAUGAUACAAAAACAUAAGUUAUGUCAAAGUUUUGGAAACAGAGUUUCGCCUGACUUGCCAGUACUAUCUUACCAGGCCCAUACAUGAUAUUUUCUUUGAAUGCACAUUGUGUAUUUGUUUAUUUAUGCCUUUUUUAAGGUAUGAAUCCCAUUGAAACAGCUUACCUGAUAUCCCAUCAUAGCUCCACCAAUCGGCCCAUGGUGUUGGCAUGCCUGAAAUGAACAAAAUGUUAAUGAUAUUAAUAUUACAUUGUAGGAACACCUGCCUAUCUCAGUAACAUCCAUAAUGUAGUUUUAUUUUGUAUACUUUAUAUUUUACAACUUACACUGUUUUUAGGUCUAUAUAAUCAAUAGCAUUAACACUUCUAUAUAUUCCUAUAUUCACUUGGUGACCACUAUUUACCACAUUUGAUUUGAAGACUUUUUUAUGCAACUAAAUGUGCUGUUCAAAGAAAACUUUGUGAACCACAUAAAACAAAAUUCCUGAGGAUAUUUGUUGUCAAACAAUUACUUGUAGUCCUUCUCUACUUUUAACAAUUUUUUGAGUUGCCAUGAAUUAUGAUGAAACAAUUUGUUCAAUUUAUCAACACUUAACACUGAUUUAGGUAGAAUUUCCUUAGAUCACAGAUGGUGAUAGUAGUAUUUUAAAAGAUAACGGUUUCACUAUUCAGAAACCAUUAGCUGCUUUAUCUGUUCAACUGUUUUUGAUCAAUUUUAUACACAGAUAUAUUGAUAAUUGUCAUAUAUUUUUAUUUCAUUUAAUAAACUUUAUAAAUCAAAG